AUGUCUGUUCCAGUGAUACCCACGACACCCAUAGCCCGCAAGAGGCUCGUCAAUGCGUCAUUUGAUAACUAUAACGAAGAAGAGGACCCUACUUUUGUGGAUGAGCCCACCGAGGUGAGCGAUUCUGAGGACCUGAUUUCAGUGAUCAGCAACGUGCUGCUAAGCGACGAUGACUCCGUUGAAACCAAAGGCGGCAACGGCGAUAUCAAGAACCUUUCCACUCCAGCUCAAAAGGAAACCUGGAAAGAAUGGGCCAUCAGACACGAAGUGCCCCGGAAGUUGUUGCACCUGCUGAUCGGGCCAUUCUCGCUCUGGCUCUACACGCUUGGUGCCACCAUGAACCAGAUUCUCUGGCCUUUGGUUUUCUUGACGGCCGUUCUUUUCAUCAAUGACUAUGUUCGUCUCCACAACCCUGAGGUCAACAAGGUGAUGACUCGCGUGUUUGGUCUUAUCCUGAGACAAAGCGAGAUCAACGGUUACAACGGCACGCUUUUCUACGCCUUGGGCGUGCUGCUUGUUUUCACGUCUGCUCCCAAAGACAUUGCCGUUAUGGCUGUUCUCUUGUUGAGUUGGGCUGACACCGCUGCUCUGACUGUCGGACGCCUUUGGGGCAAAUACACCCCCAAAGUUAUGCCUGGCAAGUCAUUGGCUGGAUGCUUGGCCAGUUUUGCUACCGGUGUUUUCCUGUGCUACUUGUUCUACGGAUACUUCUGUGUGGCAUAUGCACACGUUAACAAGCCAGGCAUGAUUUUUUGGACAGAAGAGACCUCCAAAAUGAGCUUGCAUGUGUACGCCAUCGCCACCGGUUUGGCUGCAUCGAUCCUGGAGGCAUCAGAUAUCGGCGGCAUCGACGACAAUUUCAUCAUCCCCGUCAUGAGUGCAAUUCUCUUGUACGUGCUUAAGCGGCUUUUGACGCCCUUCCUAUCCAAAAAGGUUCCGCCCAUUCCUUACGAAGAUGAGCGUAUCGUUUAUCCAAAGAGACCAAACUUUAUCUCAGCAGUCUUCUUCUGGUGGCUACACCCGGUGAUGAGCACUGGGUACAAGCGUACUUUGCAAACUCAAGAUUUGUACAGACUUAAUGACGAGAAUGAAGUGGCUGCUAUGACCGCUCGCUUCGAAGGUAUUUUCGAACGCCGCCUUAGUAAUAGUCGCAGAAAGCACAUCGCAGCCAAGUGCAAGGCCAGAGGUGAGACACCAGAAACGAGCUCUGUACCAGCAGAAGAGGAUCUUGCUGACCAUCAGCCUCCCAAAAUGCUCUGUGCUUGGGCAAUUCUUGAGACUUUCAAGUGGCAAUACGGUCUUGCAUGCUUGUACAAUACCUUGGCCAAUACCGCCUCUGUGACGAAUCCUUUGCUUUCCAAACGUCUUAUCCAGUUUGUCGAAAAACACGCAUUAGGCCUUGAUACCCAGGUUGGUAAGGGUGUUGGUUACGCGUUGGGUGCAUCCUUCAUGGUGCUUCUUAUCGGUAUCUUGAUCAACCAUGGCUUCCAGAAUGCCAUGCUCACAGGCGCCCAGGUGAAGGGUGUGUUAACAAAAGCAUUCCUUGACAAGUCUUUCCGUUUGAGUGACCGUGCCAGACACGAUUACCCCGGUUCAAAAAUUACAUCCAUGAUGGGCACGGAUUUGGCCCGUAUUGAUUUCGCAUUGGGCUUUCAGCCUUUCCUCGUUUCGUUUCCCGUUCCUACUGCAGUUGCCAUUGGUAUUUUAAUCUGGAAUAUUGGAGCUCCCGCUUUGGUGGGUAUCGGCCUUGUGUUUGUCUUUUUGUUUGCCAUCAUGGUGUUGACUGGUAAGCUUUUCCAGUACAGAAAGAAGGCCAACAAGUACACCGAUGCCAGAAUCAAUUACAUCAAGGAAGUGCUCAACAACCUCAAAAUCAUAAAAUUCUACUCAUGGGAAGAGCCUUACAAUGAUGUUAUUGGUGAAAACCGUUCCAAGGAAAUGAAUAUAAUCUACAAAAUGCAGGUUGGCAGAAACAUUAUCCUUUCACUGGCAAUGUGUCUCACAUUAUUUGCAUCCAUGGCAUCUUUCUUGGUGUUAUAUGCCACUGCCGGCUCCACUAAGGAUCCCGCCAGUUUGUUCUCAUCCAUCUCAUUGUUCAACUCCUUGGCCCAGCAAGUUAUCAUGUUACCACUUGCGUUGGCCACUGGCUCUGAUGCCCUUGUCGGUAUCUUUAGAGCCGCCCAGUUCUUGUCCGCCGAAGAAGUUGAUGCAAAUGCUACUGCUAUCUAUGCCCCACCAGAUGUUCAGGAUGAAAUGGACUACCAGAACCUCGCAAUUUCUUUGAAAGGGGCUUGUUUUGAGUGGGAGACAUUUGAUCAAAAUGAUGAUGACGAAGAGGAGAAUGAUGAGAAGAACCCCGAAUCCAAAAAAGAUUCGAAAAAUGAAAAGGGCACGAUCGAGGAACUACAGGCGGAUAACAAGCUGUCGCUGUCAACUAAUACUGCAAAGGAGUCUGAAGUCGAGCCCAAACUUACCACAUAUUCCACUGGUGACUCCACUAUGGAAGCCACUAUUUUUUCGGGUUUGAGCAACAUCAAUCUUGAUGUUCAGAAGAAUGAGUUUAUCGUCAUUACCGGACUUAUCGGCUCAGGAAAAACUUCCUUGUUGAAUGCUCUUGCUGGCUUCAUGAAACGUGUUAGCGGUUCUGUUGAUGUGAACGGAAGUCUUUUGCUUUGUGAAACUCCAUGGAUCCAGAACGCUACCGUCAGAGAGAACAUUUUGUUCGGUGAGGAGUUUGAUCAAGAGAAAUAUGACUCAAUCCUUUUUGCAUGCUCUCUCGAGAGUGACUUAGAAAUCUUGCCUGCUGGUGAUAAAACUGAAAUUGGUGAAAGAGGUAUCAACUUGUCUGGAGGGCAGAAGGCGAGAAUCAAUUUGGCUAGAGCUGUUUAUGCGAACAGGGACAUCGUUCUUUUGGAUGAUGUUUUGAGUGCUGUGGAUGCUCGUGUCGGUAAGCACAUUAUGAACAACUGUAUUUUGGGGCUAUUGAAGGACAAGACAAGAAUCUUGGCCACUCACCAGUUGUCUUUGAUUGGCGCUGCUGACCGUGUGGUCUUUCUCAAUGGAGAUGGUACCGUAGAUAUUGGUACUUUCGACGAAUUAAAGAAGUCUAAUCCAGGUUUUGACCACUUAAUGAAGUUCAGUUCUGAAUCGGCCGAGGAAGAAGAGGAAGAAACACUGCCAGAGGAGGCGCUUGGUGAGGAUCCUGAAGUGGAGGAUCGCGAGAUGAUUCAACGUCAACUUUCUCAAAAGCAGAGUACCGUCCCAGACGAGGAAGCAGAACGUCACAACUACAAUGUUAAUGAACAACAAGAUGGUCGUCUCAUGUCUCAAGAAGGACGUGCUGUCAAUCGAAUCAAGGGAGUCGUCUACAAGAAUUAUGUCAAGUAUGGUUCAGGUGUUUUUAAGCUAUACUCGGGUGUGCCCAUCGUCAUCACCUUGACUAUCUUUGCCAUUUUCUGUCAAUUGUUCACGAAUACCUGGUUGACUUUCUGGUCAGAGUUCAAAUUCGACGGAAAAGACAACGGUUUUUACAUCGGAUUUUACGUCAUGUUUACUGUGCUCGCCUUCAUCUUCUUGUCUUCAGAGUUUGUUAUCGUGGCCUACAUGACUAACGAGGCUGCAAAGGUCUUGAACUUAAAGGCAGUUAGCAGAGUUUUGCGUGCCCCAAUGUCGUUCAUGGACACAACCCCCAUGGGAAGAAUUCUCAACAGAUUCACGAAGGACACGGAUACAUUGGACAACGAAAUUGGAAACCAGAUUAGAAUGUUGAUCUACUUCUUGUCAAACAUCGUUGGUGUCAUUAUCUUGUGUGUGGUCUAUCUUCCAUGGUUUGCUAUCGCCAUUCCGUUUUUGGGAAUGAUAUUCGUUUCCGUUGCUAACUUCUAUCAAGCAUCUGCCAGAGAGAUAAAGAGACUUGAAGCUACGCAAAGAUCGUUUGUUUACAACAACUUCAAUGAAACUCUCAGUGGAAUGAACACCAUUAAGGCUUAUAAUGCUCAGGAGCGUUUUAAGAAGAAAAACUCGACUUUCAUCGAUAACAUGAACGAGGCAUAUUACUUGACUAUUGCGAAUCAGCGUUGGUUGGCGAUUCAUUUGGACAUCAUCGCCAUGUUGUUUGCGAUUAUCAUCUGUUUCCUCUGUAUUUUCAGAGUUUUUGACAUUGGCGCUGCUGCGACAGGUUUAUUAUUAUCCUAUGUCUUGCAAAUUGCUGGUCAAUUAUCUAUGUUGGUGAGAACUUAUACCCAAGUGGAGAAUGAGAUGAACGCCGUUGAGCGAAUCUGUGAAUAUGCAUUCCACUUGGAACAGGAAGCGCCCUACACUUUCGAGAACUCUAAUCUUCCAGCUACAUGGCCUGAACAGGGAAGCAUCAGUUUUGUCAACGCGUCGUUGGCAUACAGACCAGGCUUGCCCAACGUGUUGAAGUCCCUCAACAUGGACAUCAAGCCCCUCGAAAAGAUUGGAAUCUGUGGAAGAACUGGUGCCGGAAAAUCGUCCAUCAUGACAGCGUUGUACAGAUUGUCAGAGUUGAAUGAGGGUAUGAUUGAGAUUGAUGGCGUUGACAUCAGCAAACUUGGUCUUCGUGACUUAAGAUCCAAGCUCUCCAUUAUUCCACAGGAUCCUGUGCUUUUCAGAGGUUCUAUUCGUAAGAACUUGGAUCCGUUCGGUGCAAGUCCAGACGAUGAUUUGUGGGAUGCUAUGAGAAGAGCCGGUCUCAUUGAAAGCUCCAAGCUCUCCACAAUCAAGAACCAGACGAAAAGCAGCGAUAAUCUUUUCAAAUUCCAUUUGGACAGAGAAGUUGAGGACAACGGAUCUAAUUUCUCUUUGGGUGAAAGGCAGCUUAUUUCAUUCGCUAGAGCAUUGGUCAGAGGUUCCAAGAUUUUGAUCUUGGAUGAGGCCACCUCGUCAGUCGACUAUGAGACUGACAGCAAAAUUCAGGAAACUAUCCAGAGGGAGUUCACUGAUUGCACAAUCUUGUGCAUUGCUCACAGAUUGAAGACGAUCGUGAACUACGAUAGAAUUUUGGUAUUGGACAAGGGUGAGAUCAAGGAGUUCGACACCCCUUGGAACUUAUUCAACCUGAAGCAUAGCAUCUUCCAACAGAUGUGUGAAAAGUCCAGCAUUACGAAAGAUGAUUUUGCCCACAAAGGCUAA